UAUAAUUUUACUUUGGUUACACGUAGACGUAUGUUUUAAUAUGUUUGGUAGUAGUGUAUACAUACUCGCAUGUAUACAUAUAUAGUGAAGUACAUUCUAAUAAGUGACGAAAUGUUUAUUUUGAAAUUUAUUAUAAGAAUAUUGACAUUAUCGGAUAAAUUCGACAGUAACUUUAUGUUAUUGUUUCUUAAACUUAAAAAUUGAAAUUAUUUAAAAGACUAAUAAAAGGUUAUUUUAUUAGCUAAAAUACGAUUAUAAAAGCUAAUUUUAACAUAUCAAUUUGUGGAAAAUUGUACAUGAAAAUUGGACGUUAACUGUGAAUGCAGCAAAUCAUCAUUGAAGUAGAUAUACCAAAUGCAUCAUAAUAAGAUUUGAUAGUAAUAAAAAAUCAAAAUCGUACAGAAACAAAAUUAAAAAUGCCAUCAGAUUUUAGACAAAUUAGACGCAAUGAAUGGGUCACCGUAAUAAUAUUGUUCUUUAUAAAUUUAAUAAAUUAUAUGGAUCGUUUUACUGUUGCUGGUAUGUUACCAGAAAUCAAAAAUGAUUUUAAAAUUGGUUAUGAUAAGUCUGGUUUAUUACAAACAGCAUUUAUUGUAAGUUAUAUGUUAUUUGCACCUUUGUUUGGAUACCUUGGUGAUCGGCAUAAUCGUAAAAUCCUUAUGAGUAUAGGUAUCUUCCUAUGGAGUUUAACAACAUUUAUUGGAUCUUUUAUGACGUCGUAUGAGUGGUUUUUAAUAUUUAGAGCAAUGGUUGGCAUAGGAGAAGCUAGUUAUUCAACAAUUGCACCAACAUUAAUUAGUGAUUUAUUUAUUAGAAACGUUCGUUCCAAAAUGCUAGCAUUGUUCUAUUUUGCAAUACCAGUUGGAAGCGGAAUGGGCUAUAUAAUUGGAGGAGAAAUGUCAAAAGCAACAGGUUCAUGGAAGUGGGGUUUGCGUGUUACACCUGCUCUAGGUAUAAUAGCAAUUAUUCUACUGAUCUGUGGAGUAAGAGAACCUAUUAGAGGUGAAAGAGAAGGUGGUAUACAUAUUACUAAUACCGGAUGGUUACAAGAUAUCAGAGCUUUAAUAAAAAAUCGAAGUUUUACACUUUCUACAGCUGGGUUUACAUGUGUAUCAUUUGUUGCUGGUGCAUUAUCUUGGUGGGCCCCGACAUAUUUACAAUUAGGAUUUAAAUUAAUUGGAUCUGAUAUGAAUACACUUGAUGUGGACUAUAAAUUUGGAUUAAUAGCAAUGAUAUCUGGCUUAAUAGGAGUACCUUUAGGGUCUUUCUUAGCACAAAAAUUUAGAGUGUAUUGGUCAUCUACUGAUCCAUUGAUAUGUGGUGCAGGUUUAUUAAUAAGUGCUCCAUUAAUAUUUUUUGCCAUAAUUACCGCUGAUACAAAUACUACUGUUUGUUAUAUAUUAAUAUUUCUUGGACAAGUAGCUUUAAAUUUAAAUUGGGCUAUUGUAGCAGACAUAUUACUUUAUGUUGUAAUACCAACUAGAAGAUCUUCAGCGGAAGCUUUCCAAAUAUCAUUUGCUCAUGCCUUUGGAGAUGCUGGAAGUCCUUAUCUUAUAGGUCUAUUAUCAGAAGCACUCAAAUUUGUAGUUUUACCAAGUUUGAGUUUAGGUGGUUCUACUAUUAGUGUUUACAGUGAUAUUGUAGAAUUCCGUAGUUUACAAUAUGCACUAUUCGUCACUGUUUUUGUACAAAUCCUUGGAGCUUUGUUCUUCUUUUUCUCAGCGCUAUACAUAGAAAAAGACAAAGCAUUAGUUGAACUUGCUAUUACAGGUGGAAGUGUUUCAGAUUCGGUUCAUAUAUAUAAUGAUGAAACUGAAAGUGAAUCCCAAGAUGAUACAUUUGGGACAUAAUUAAUCAUUUCAAAUGGGUAAAGUAAAGUUAAAUAUACAGAAAAGAUAUUGAUAAAGAAAAACUAAAAAAGAGCAGCAAUUAUAUGCUCAGGGAUGAUUCAACAAAAUUCGACAAUUUGAAAAAACUGUAAGAUUUUAUCAAAUUGUUUACAAUAUAGAGUGAGUUUAAGCAAGAAUGCUUAUAAGAAGGGAUAUCGACUGUGUUCAAAUAUCGUUUAAAAGAGAAAAGAUUAUUUUAAGUCAAUUGUUAUAAAAAUAGUAACUCUUGAAAAAAGGAUAUGCAAUCAACUAUACACUCAUGUUGCAGAUACUAUUUAUAUUUUUAUAUUAGUCCCUAGAUUAAUAAAAAGUUAGUGCUAUUAAGUAUUAAUGCUAAAUACAUAACUACUAAUAACAUUAAUGUCAAACUAACCAUAAUGAGAAUAUAUAAUUAACAUUAGUUACCAACUAUAUAGUACAUUAUUAACUCUAUGUACUUAUUUUGGCACUAAAGUUUCCCCUUUUAUCUUUAUUGAUAUAAAAGGUGCUGCUUUUGACAAAUAAACUAGAUAGGAGUUAAUAUAUAAUUACUUAUUAAUGCUUAGAUUAUUUAUCUUUAGAAUUAGUAUAAUUAUUAAUUAUAAUCUAAUUUAAAAAUAAUACUUUCAGUUUUAGGACAUUUUUAUAUAAAUAUAUAUUAUAUAUUAGUUUAGUAUAAGUAUUUUUAUCAUAUGAUCAUUUAGCUAACAUGAUGAAAUAUGUUAAUAUAAUAUGAAGGUUUAAACAUUAGUAAUACAUUAUUAAUGAUUUUCAUCAUUUAAUGUAGUAAUCUUAAUAUGGUACUUAUAAUUUGUUCUUAUUAAAAAUAUUAAAAUAUUAAACAACAUAAAAUUAAUUUUUAAUAUAUUAAAUAUUAUAUUUUCUAAAAGUAAAGUAUGGAAUAUUGAUUGUAGAUGCCAAAUUAUUAAAAAUGUAUAUGAGCGUUUUUAUUUCUAUGUAUUUACAAAUAUGUAAGAUACUUUUUUAUAGAUAAUCAAGACUUUUUUUUACUAAUAAUGAGAACGAUAACGAAUAUCUCUAGAUAAUAUCAUUUAUAGAAGCAAUUAUUAUUAAGAUUGUAUUACUACAUUAAUAAGUUACAUGCAUUUACGUUAGUAUUUACGAUGGCGGGAAUUAAACAUGUUCGGUACUCUCCGUGUUAAACGUGGAGCAUUUAAGAUUACUUCAUUAGUAGACCGUCCAAAAAUAUUAUCUGAAUAAUAUAUUAUUGAAUUAUACAAUUAUUAAUCUUUAUUAACCUAUAAUUGAUUUAUUUAAAAAAUUAAUAAUGUAUCAUACUAAUAUUACAAUAAAAUAUUACUUCCAAUUA